UUGAGGUCAGCAGGCUACUGCAGGAGUUCUCGAGAGACAAGUCGUUCCCGUCGUCCUUCUCUGCUACAAGGGAGUUGAACUCGAGCCUGGCAAGUCUAUCGUAAUACGACGCUGCGAAUUCAGAAGACCGUUGCGUUACGCUUCCAAUUGAGCCCGCGUCUUGACAGAUCGAACUCGACUACUUCGGUAUCUUCUCUGGAGGUCCGCCUGGUCUGACCGCACAAUCGUCGCGUGAGAUCAUCCAACCAUAGGGACAGCAGGCAUUAUCACCGACAUCGCCACAUACUCAAACCAGCCGUCCCCCCGAUCCGACAGCCGCGGUAGCUCCGAUAUAUGCGGCACUAGAGAAGCAUUGUCGCUACCGCUCUGUUUCCAUUGUGCGCUUCGGUUAGCAUUGACUUGAGAUCUCCGGCCAUUGCGGUUAAAGGCAUAUGUCACAGACCACUCGCCACCCCUCUAUCAUCUUCCGCAUUGAAUUCACAAGCCGUUUCAUCUGCUUUGGGAUAAAAUAAGAUUCGCUUCCCGCUUAUCUUAACCUUAACAACAGCCUCUCCCGGCGAUCAUCGGCAUUGGCAGAAAUCGGGAACCUAACAGAGUGUCGGUUACUUUCCCCCCAGGCUUGGAGCGUGGAUUGCAAAGUAACUCUCAACAAUGAACCGCAACAGCACCCCCGAGGCAUCGACCGCCUCGUCAUUACGCCCACCGACGUCGCGGACCGUUGCCACCAACAACCACCACCUGCGCGCGUCCGCUGACAUGGCAGCCCUCGCUGGUCCGCCGACCUCGAAUCGCAUCCGCCCCUCGUCGGAUUUCUACGGCCAGCAGGGCCAGGGCCAGGUCGCUACCGAUUCGGACCCGCAGGACAAGGUGACCCAGCAGUGGAUUGCCGACAUCGACCAAUAUGAGACUACUCUGGAAGAGAUGGCCGCUGCUACCUUGGACCAGGAUUUCAAGGACGAACUCAGUGCUAUUGAACAGUGGUUUCGGGUCCUGUCUGAGGCUGAGCGAACUGCGGCUUUGUACGCGUUACUGCAGCAAACCACCCAAGUCCAGAUUCGCUUCUUCAUCCAAGUGCUUCAGCAGAUGGGGAAGAACCACCCCAUGUCGGGCGUGCUAUCGCCUGCAAAUUUCGACAAAGAUCCGAUGUCGAACCGACUGAGCGAUGCCAUGAAUAAGCUGAAUGUAGGUUCGGCUAGGAACUCCCUUUCUCAGCCGCAGGCGUCGGCCAAGAGGCACUCCGGACUCGACCCUUCGACUAUCAAUGCUAUGUUUCCCGAUGCUGCGGCGGCCAUCGCUACCGAGAAAGCCAAAUUUACUCAGCAAACCGGGAACCAACCUCCGUCGAACCGCAACAGCACGGCAAUCGACGCCCGGAGCCCCUUGGCUGCGCCCACCAUCUCGGCUCCCUUGGAAGGGCUCGAUCCGAACGCUCAGAAUCCCACGUCGCCUUGGGUGAACAGCCAUGACCAGGGUGCUUCGCGGCCCAAAUCCGCAUCGGGUCAGACCCCCAUGGGUCAGUUUGUGCAGCCACCGCCUUCGGCAGGCUUGAGGUCACCUCGUCCGCCGAUCGGCGGCGGCAGCGGCAUUCAGAGCACUACCCUGAAUGCCCCAGACAAAUCUACUGACUUGCCCCUGUUUUCGCCGUACACUGCUGGAAGUGGGAAUUGGGCCUCCAUGGUGAACACCCCCAUGGUUGCAACGUUCAAUACCGGUGCUCCCAACCAGGCGGACAUGGUUGCCAAUGCCACGGCCAUGAAGCUCGCAGCGUUAUCUACGGUCAAUAACCGAUUUGCUCUGGAUGACGUUCGCAAGUACCGAAGAGCGCGGUCAAAUGAUGCGCCCGGACAGGCUUCCAUCCCCGGGCCUCAGGCCGGGAACAUCCCUGGCGCGAAUAUUGUUAUGGUGAACGAGCACGGCCAUAUGCUAAGCAGAGAUCAAAUGCUUGCUCUACAGAACCAACAGAUCAUGGGCGGGUUCGCGAACCACCGGUCUCGUCCGAAUUCGCCGGGCAUCGCCAUGCAAACUGGAUUUGGGCAGAUACCUUUCGCCUCCCCGCAGAACAAUGGCUUCCUCAGCGCCUACGACGGACAGAACCCUCUCCUCAACAACGGACUCGGCGCGAUCAGCAUGGGCCAGCUGGGCGUGGGUGUUCCGGAGGGCUACCUCUCGGAUCACUCCGACAUGAAUCGGGGCCGAUCACCCCGUGGACGUCGCGGCAACUCGAAGCCCCCGGAGGAUCCCACCGAUCCGACCCUCCUUCAAGAUAUACCAGCCUGGUUGCGAAGUCUCCGAUUGCACAAAUACACGGAUAAUUUGAAGGAUAUGAAAUGGACCGAUUUGGUGGAGCUAGAUGAUAAAGCUCUAGAAGAUCGCGGCGUCAACGCUCUCGGAGCACGAAGAAAGAUGCUCAAGGUGUUUGAACAAGUCAAGGGUAAUGCCGACCCCGUACGGAGACUCGCUACCUAGGAUUGCUGCUAACGGAUAGACAGAGGCCAAGGCAGACGGUAAGCUGGGCUAACC